AUGCUUGGUGCCCAGACAGUGCUCUUGCUGGGUCUGUGUGUUUCAUUAUGCUUUGGAGAAAUGGGACAAUUCUACACCUAUGAAGAGGAACCACCUGGGACAGUGAUUGCAGUCCUGUCACAACACUCAAUGUUUAACUCUACAUAUGGUUCUGCUGCUAAAUUCCGUCUCAUGAAGCAGAUGAACAGCUCCUUCAUCCAGGUCCGGGAGAGUGAUGGCCAGCUGAGUAUUGUGCAGAAGAUAGACCGGGAGAAGAUCUGCAGAAGGUCUCCAAGCUGUCACCUGACUCUGGACUUGGGAAGCUUCUCCACCGAGCACUUCAGGCUGUUUAACGUUAAAGUGGAGGUGAGAGACAUCAAUGACCACAGUCCCCAUUUCCCCAGCUCUGAGAUACACCUGGAUGUUUCUGAGGCCGCUUCGGUGGGCACCAGGAUCCCUUUGCCAAUGGCAGUGGAUGAAGAUAUAGGGCUACACUCUGUGCAGGACUAUCUCCUCUCAGCUAACACGCACUUCGGCAUUGAUAUACAGACCAGAGCAGAUGGACUGAAGUAUGCAGACUUGGUUCUAAUGAAAGAGCUGGACAGGGAAAUGCAGUCAUCCUACACUUUGGAGCUAGUGGCCACUGAUGGAGGAAGCCCUGCUCUCACUGGCAGUGCAAUAGUUGAGCUCCGUGUCCUGGACUUCAAUGACAACAGUCCAGAGUUUGAAGAGAGUUCUGUCACUGUGGACUUGAUGGAGGACGCGCCAGCAGGACAUCUCUUGAUAGACCUCAACGCCCUUGACCCAGAUGAAGGUCCCAACGGAGACAUCGUCUACGGCUUCAGUCACCAGGUGUCUCAGGAGGUCCGUGAGCUCUUCAAAAUCCAUCCAAAAUACGGGGGUGUAACUUUGGUAGGUGAGGUUGAUUUUGAAACCAAGCAAUCUUAUGAGUUUGAUGUUCAGGCUCAGGAUUUCGGAUCUAAUCCGCUAAGUGCCACCUGUAGAGUUACUGUGCGCGUUGUAGAUGUAAAUGACAAUGCUCCAGCCAUCACUAUUAAUCCUCUGACCUCCAGCAAGCAUGGAGUAGCCUACAUCAGCGAGGCAGCUGCUAAAGGCAGUUUCAUUGCACUGAUCAGCACCUCGGACAUAGACUCUGGAUUAAAUGGCAAAGUCCACUGCACCCUUCAUGGCCAUGGUCACUUCCAGCUGCAACAAGCCUACGAGGACAGCUUCAUGAUCGUCACCACCACACUUCUAGACCGAGAAUCUGUAGCUGAGUACAAACUGACGCUGGUGGCUGAAGACCUAGGUUCCCCCCCAUUGACGACCAAAACCCAGUACACCAUCCAGGUAACUGAUGAGAACGACAAUGCUCCUUCAUUUACUGAACCUCUGUAUGAAGUGUCUGUCCUGGAAAAUAAUGCCCCCGGGGCUUAUAUCACUACAGUACUUGCCAGAGACCCUGACUUUCAGCAAAAUGGCAAAAUUACUUACAGAUUACUGGAAGGGAAAACACUGGGCCAGUCAUGGUCCACAUUUGUUGCCAUUGAUGGUGACUCUGGGGUAUUGAGAGCGGUCAGGUCUUUGGACUAUGAAAAACUUAGAGAACUUGACCUUGAAAUUGAGGCCAGUGACUGUGGGGUCCCUAAAUUCUCGGCUCGCACACAGCUGAAAAUUAAAAUAAUUGAUCAAAACGACAGCCCACCUGUGAUCACCUCCCCUCUGCAGGACAAUGGAUCAGCUCAUGUCCUGCUGCCAGCUGGUGCUCCAGAGAACUAUUUGGUGCUGAGGGUCAAGGCUGUGGAUGCCGAUGAUGGCCAGAACGCGCAACUGUCCUACACCAUACAGCACGAUAAACACCGCCUAUUUACCAUCAAUAGCGAAAGUGGGGAGGUUUCCCUACGCAGGAGGCUGAGACCUGUGCAAGACAAGGACUUGAGCAUUGUAGUUGCUGUCUAUGACCAUGGCAGGCCUUCCCUGUCCUGCAAUGCAACCCUAAGGUUCAUUCUCACAGAGGCCACCCCAUCCAAGGUGGAGAUCGUUAUCAUGCAACCAUCUGAGGUAGAGCAGCAUCAUCAUCAGCAGAUAGAUAUGUCCACCAUCUUCAUUGCAGUGUUAUCAGGAGGCUGUGCAUUGCUCCUAGUCGCCAUCCUGUUUGUAGCCUUUUCCUGUAAGAAGAGAUCUGAUCGUUCUAAGCAGUUGGAAGAACCUGAGACAGGACUAGAGACAGAAGGAACUUUGCUGAAUGCCUCCACUCACCUCAGAGGAUCCAACCCAACAUCUAUUGACUCCUGCCAGCUGUCACUCAGCACAGAGUCAGAGAACUGCAGUGAGAGCACUGGCAGAGGGGUGUGCAAGGACCUCCACUCAACCUCAUCUGUAAGUACUUUUUAG